CAAACAACCUAUCCUCCACCGUCAUCAUCACCAUACUCGGUAAAUUCCACAAAUAUACAAUCAACAAUGACGGAGCCCAUCAGCCACCAUGUGGUGGCGAUACCAUACCCCGGCAGGGGCCACAUUAACCCUAUGAUGAACCUUUGCAAGCUCAUUGCUUUGCGCCGACCUUCAGACUUUCUCAUCACCUUCAUCGUCACCGAAGAAUGGUUGGGCUUCAUCGAAUGCGAGCCUAAACCGCCUAACGUCCAAUUCGCUACUAUCCCCAAUGUUAUUCCAUCGGAGGUGUACCGAGCCGCUGAUUUCCCAGGGUUUGUAAAAGCCACCCAAACAAAAAUGGAACAUCCGGUGGAGCAGUUGCUCCACCGGAUGAGGGUACCAAUAAGUGUACUCUUAUACGAUACUUACUUUACAUGGGUGUUGGGUAUAGGCAACCGGAUGAAUAUUCCGGUUGCCAGUUUGUUCACAAUGUCCGCGACUGUGUUUUCCAUGAUGUAUCAUUACCAUCUUCUCGUUGAAAAUGGCCAUGUUGGUGAAAACUUCUCAGGAAAUACCGAAGAAAUAGUAGAUUACAUACCUGGAGUUCCUCCGAUUCGGGUGGCCGAUUUGGUGACAGGCUUUAAUGGCAAGAGCAAGGAAACUACGUCGAUAGCUUUAGAUGCCAUUUUGAUGUCCGCAAAAGCUCAGUUCCUUAUAUUCGUAUCGGUUUACGAGCUCGAAGCUGAAGUUAUUGAUGCGUUAAAAUCGACUCUUUCCAUUCCCACAUACACUAUCGGACCUUCUAUUCCUUACUUUAGUUUGAACGACGUACAAAAUGACGAAAAUACUCCUGACUACAUAAAAUGGUUAAACCGUCAACCAAAGGGUUCAGUGUUGUACAUUUCCCAAGGGAGUUUUCUCUCGGUGUCAAGUGCCCAACUGGAUGAAAUCGUAGCGGGUGUGCAAGAUAGUGGAAUACGAUACAUGUGGAUUGCACGUGGGGAAACAUCUCGUUUUAAACCGGAAAAUGACGAAAAAGGGAUCGUUAUACCUUGGUGCGACCAACUACGCGUGUUGUGCCAUAGUUCGGUAGGAGCAUUUUGGUCACAUUGCGGGUGGAAUUCAACGAAAGAAGCCGCUUUUUCGGGAAAGCCGAUGAUCACUUUUCCAAUAGUUUGGGAUCAAGUUCCGAAUAGUAAGAUGAUAGUUGAAGAUUGGAAAACCGGAAGGAGGGUGAUGAUCGAUGAGCGUACUAUGGUCACUCGAGCAGAAAUCUCAAAACUCAUAAGUAGUUUUAUGGAUCCGGAUAGUAAAACGGGGAAAGAAAUUAGAAAACGUGCGAAAGAAGUCGAAAGGAUUUGUCGAAGAGCGACACGAGAAGGAAGUUCUUGUCAAAUAGAUAUUGAUUCUUUUAUUCGUGACAUUUCAAAAUAG